UUCUUUUUCUGUGCGUUUGUUCUCAACAUUUGUGGAAUCUGACCUAAGAAUUCGGAUAAUCAAUUGGCCAGCGCCUCUUUUCAACCCUUCUUUUCUUCUGCAUUUUGUUUUUACUACGUUGCCCUGAGAAACUGUUUAGUUUACUCUCAAUUUAAGCAAUGAUUUAGGGUUUACUUGCUCACAAUCUUCGCUCAAUUUUCGUCUCUGUGCAUAGAGAGAAGAGGUUGGUUACCAACUGUUUGUGAUAAUGCCCGCGGGUUUUGGAGUAAUGGACGAACAGGUUGUCCUAUCAGAAGGAGCUGAUCAAGAAGAGGAUGAAAGCUCAACUUGUGGUAGCACUGUUGGAACUGAAGAUGUGGACUUUACUGGUGCCUUUACAACUGAAAUGGUUUUCAACAGUAGAGAAGAGCUAAUUGAUUGGGUAAGAGAUGUUGGAAAGAGAAAUGGGCUGAUUAUUGUGAUUAAAAAUUCUGAUGUUGGUGGAGAUGGUAGGAGACCCAGAAUUAGUUUUGCUUGUGAAAGGAGUGGUACCUAUAGACGUAAGUAUCAGGCAGGUGAACAACCGAAACGGCCUAAGACAAUCGGAACAAAGAAGUGUGGUUGUGCAUUUGAAUUGAAGGGGCUUAAAUUAGCAACUGAUGAUGAUUGGAUGUUAAAAGUGAUAUGUGGGGUACAUAACCAUCCUAUUACACAACAUCUUGAGGGUGAAGGGCACUCAUACGCUGGUAGACUUACAGAACAAGAGGCCAAUAUAUUGGUUGAUAUGUCAAAGAACAAUAUUAGCCCAAAAGAGAUAUUAAAUACAUUGAAGCAAAGGGAUAUGCAUAAUGUCUCUACAAUAAAAGCAAUUUACAAUGCAAGACAUAAAUUUAAGGUUGUAGAACAAGUUGGACGGUUCCAUAUGCAACAACUCACCACUAAAUUGAUGGAGCAUAAUUAUAUUCAGUGGCAUCGGAAUGAUGAGGAUGAAUGCAUAAAGAACUUGUUUUGGGUGCAUCCUUUUGCAAUUGGAUUGCUACAAGCUUUUCCAAGUGUGCUAAUUGUGGAUUGUACAUACAAGACUAACAUGUAUCCCUUUUCAUUGUUGGAGAUAGUAGGUAUAACAUCAACUGAGUUGACAUUUUCAGUUGCUUUUGCGUAUCUUGAGUCUGAACGAGAGGAUAACUACACUUGGGCUUUGCAAAGACUAAGGAGUUUGAUGGAAGAUAAUGCAUUGCCAAGUGUCAUCGUGACAGAUAGGGAUUUGGCUUUAAUGAAUUCCAUUCAGGAGGUAUUUCCAAGAGCAACUAAUCUUCUUUGUAGAUGGCAUAUUUCAAGGCAUGUCUCAACUAUUUGCAAGAAGCUAUUUGAGACUAAAGAGAGGUGGGAGGCCUUCAUUUGCAGCUGGAAUGUAUUGGUGCUUUCUGUCACUGAACAAGAAUAUAUGCAACACUUGAGUGCUAUAGAGAGUGAUUUCUGUAGAUAUCCUCAAGCACUUGAUUAUGUAAAGCAAACAUGGUUGGUUAGGUACAAGGAGAAGUUUGUUGCAGCUUGGAUAGACUUGACUAUGCAUUUUGGAAAUAUCACAAUAAAUAGGGCAGAGACUACACAUGCGAAAUUGAAGAGGCUGCUAGGAGUACCCCAAGGCGAUUUUGAGACAUUAUGGACAAAGGUGCAUGCUUUGUUAGAACUACAACACAUUGAGAUCAAAGCUUCAUUUGAAAGGAGCUUGACUAUCGUGCAACAUAAUUUUAAAGAUCCCAUUUUUGAGGAUUUAAGGGGGUCUGUCUCAUUAAACGCAAUGAACAUUAUACUUGGUGAGUUCAAACGAGCUGAUUCCACUGGUUUAGAUGCCUCCGCAUGUGGAUGUGUAUUUCGACGUACACAUGGUUUACCAUGUGCUCAUGAGAUAGCAAGGUACAAACAGGAAAAUACACCCAUUCCUUUAUUUUCAGUAGAUCCCCACUGGAAGAAAUUAGACUCUGUGCCGAUUACCCUGGAUACUACGCUGGAGUUGAGUUUUACUGCUGAGAUAGAGAUGUUUAUCAAGCGUUUCAAAGACACUGAUGGUCCCGGUAAGCUAUACCUGUUGAAGAAAUUGAGAGAGUUAGCGAAUCCAGCAUCAACUUUAUAUUCAGCAUCAACUGCGCUUGGUGAGCAUGAGGUUAAAACUAAGACGCAAGGUUGGCCCUCUUUAAAGGUUGAUAUGUCCGCUCAGGAUCCAUCAGAAUUCGAGUAUGUAUUCUCUACACUGGAUAGUGAUUCAGCUCAGGUUAGGACUUCAAGUACAACUUCAGUGGAAUUGAGAGGGAGGCAAAAAGAGAAGGUGUAUCGGGCACGAUCACUGCAGCCUAUAUCAUUCAUUGAUUCAUUUCCAGUUGGAUUGAGACCUUACAUACAUGAUGUACAAGAUGUUAUUGCUGAUGGUCAUUGUGGUUUCCGAGUUGUAGCUGAUUUGAUGGGUAUGGGCGAGGAUAAUUGGGCUCAGGUAAGGAAGGACUUGAUGGAUGAAUUGCAAUCUCACAAUGAUGAUUACACCCGACUCUAUGGUAAUACUGAUAGAGUGCAGAAGCUCAUACUUUCACUGUCAUGUUUUCAGAGCAAUCCAGGGAAUGACCACUGGAUGACCAUGCCUGACACUGGGCAUAUAAUUGCUUCUAGGUAUAAUAUUGUUGUAUUACAUAUAUCCCAGCAGCAGUGCUUUACAUUUCUCCCACUCAGAUCUGUGCCUUUGCCGCGCACUUCCCAUAAAAUUAUCGCAAUUGGAUUUGUAAAUGAAUGUCAUUUUGUAAAGGUCCUUAUGCAUCCAGGUUCACCCAUGCCACCUAUAGCAUCUGAUUGGUUUAAACAUCGUAAUCCUUGUGCACAAGGCUGGGAGGUGCCAUAUAAAGCUCAUAUCAGAGUUUUCAAGGCCCUGGUUACAGAUAAUUUCUAAACCUGAUUUCAGAUGAUGAAUGAUGUUGUCCUGUUGGAUUAGAUGCACAGCCAGACAUUUUACUCUUUUAGGCUGUCUUGUCAAAUCAUUACAAACCCUCAGGACUAAUCUAUUAGUUCUUAUAUAAGGCUGUCUUAUUGCUGCUACGUCUCAACAAUGAAAUUGGGGUAUGUCCUAUUUUUGCUAUGCCCGAGCAUAUAAGCAAUCGUAUAUUGAUAUUCCUGUUUAAAUUGAUGUUAUUAAUUUGCAAAUAAUGCAUACAUUAAUAAACACAUACAACAAUUGUUUCUGAAUGGGAAAUCUGUGUAUUUGACCCAUACUUGGUUCAGUAUAAGACCAAGAUUACUGCCAAUCAUGUUGUUGAUGUGUGGUUUGGUAAAACUCUAUACAAGUGUCAGAUUACUUGUACUUAGCACUGACAUGGUUUUCUUUUGAUAUCAUCAAAUGUGAACCAGAAGACACCGCACUCAAAUUUCCACUUCCCAAAAAUAUCAAGCUUGCUUGAUAUGGCACACAACCUAUCUAGAUAUUUCUUUGGAACAAGUUGAUUUGAUGAACUUGAAAUAGUGGUAAUGUUGAGAAGAAAAUCUUAAUUAAAGGUAGUUAAAGCAUAGCCGCCUACUAUGCCAUUUUUAUACUUGCAUUCUCAAUGUAUAGGCAGAAAGCAACAUAGAUCAUUACAGAAAAGAGAAGAUUUGUCAUGCUGAAAGGAUUGACUUGGGAAAUGAGUUUAAGUUUUUGUUUUCUUUGAUUUUUGCGUGAUAAGAAAAAGGGUCAAAUUGAUGUACAUUUAGGCUAAAGCAAUAGUCUUAGCUUUGAGAUUAUAAAAGCAGUGAUAAUUGUCUUGCAAUCAAAUGGAGGGGAAACAGAACUGCAAUGGGUAGAGAAAUAAUUAGUUCAAGUUAACCCGUCACAUUUUUACUUUCCAUAAGAAAUAAUGGAAAUUGAGGCUUUAUCAAGUUGAUUCUUGCCCAAGUAAUGACUUCAAUUGCUUGUCUAAUGUUACAAGUUAACCCGUCACUUUUUUUUUUUGUUUUUUGUUAUACAAAAAAGUUAUAUACUCUUGGUUGGGAAGAGCCGCUGAAAGUUAACUGGAGUGGAUGCUCAAAAAGUAGAUGUAACCAUGCUUAAUUUUAUCUAAGUUUCAUUUUAGAAAAGUAUUCAUCCCUUGUUCAUUCUGUUUGUUGAUUUUCCAAUAUGUUUGUUUGGAAGACUUGUACUGGUUGCUAACAAUGGGACUGAGAUACUUUUCACUGAUAGAAAUCAGGUAUUAUUUUUCCUCCCCACCAAUUUCUGUUAUUGAAGCUAACCAUUGAAGUACUAUGUACCUAUUUUUUGUUAACAGACUGAUAAGCUUUUCAUAUCAAAUAGAACCGGGUUUGAGUGAUCUGUUGUUUGUGAAAUUUCUGGCUGCUCCUUUCACAAGAAAAGCAGGAGGAAAAACAAAAAUUUUGCUAGAUACGCCGUGGUCAGCAUUGGCAUCUUGAUGAAGAACCUCUUCUUUUCUGUAUGACCAGCAAUAAGAAAAUUGAUGAUGAUAUCUUGGAAGACAAAACUGAGGAAGACCAUUCUUUCUGUGGACUGUGGGACAUUAUCUAUGCAAGGAAGCCUUAUUGCUAUGAUCAAGAAUCCUUGUCCGUGUGUUUUGACAGGGAGGAAUUGUUACUUAUUAGGAAGAAAACUGGGAUAAAUUAGAUUGAAGACGAUAAAAAUGGAUGAAUUAUAUUAGAAAAUACCAGUUAGUUAUAAAAUCAGUUAGUUUAG